UUGUGGUGCGUCUACCUGCUGUGCAGUUUGUGUGUGUAAUAGAGUGAGGGUUUUAUUUAUACAUUUUUCUCCAUGCAGCACGUCAAAGACAUCAUCCUGCAGUCCAACCCGCUGCUAGAAGCCUUCGGAAACGCCAAGACUCUGAGGAACAACAACUCCAGCCGAUUUGGAAAGUACUUCGAGAUCCAGUUCAGUUCCGGUGGAGAGCCAGAUGGAGGGAAAAUUUCCAAUUUUCUCUUGGAGAAGUCUCGCGUCGUCACGAGGAAUCCUGGAGAAAGGAGUUUCCAUAUAUUCUAUCAAUUGAUAGAAGGAGCCAGCAGUGAGCAGAAGAGCAGCCUGGGAAUAACGAGCCUGGAUUACUACAGUUACCUCAAUCAGUCCGGUUCCUACAAAGUGGAGGACAUCAACGACAAGAGUGACUUCCAGGAGACCGUGCAUGCCAUGGGUGUGAUUGGCAUCUCGGCACAGGACCGCUCCAUGGUGCUUCAGAUUGUGGCUGGAGUCCUUCACCUGGGAAACAUCACGUUCAAGGAAUCGGGCAACUAUGCUGCUGUGGAGAGCGAAGAGUUUUUAGCUUUUCCUGCGUUUCUGCUCGGCAUUGACCAGAACCGUUUGAAAGAGAAGCUGACGAGCCGAAAGAUGGACAGCAAGUGGGGCAACGCUGUGGAGUCGAUUGACGUGACCCUGAACGUGGAGCAGGCGUGUUACACGCGAGACGCACUCUCCAAGGCUCUGCAUGCACGUGUGUUUGACUACCUGGUUGAGGCGAUCAACAGAGCCAUGGUGAAAGAUCAUCAGGAGUUGAACAUCGGCGUUUUGGAUAUUUAUGGAUUUGAAAUUUUCCAAAAAAACGGGUUUGAACAGUUCUGCAUCAACUUUGUGAACGAGAAGCUCCAGCAGAUCUUCAUUGAGCUCACUCUAAAAGCAGAGCAGGAGGAGUAUGUGCAGGAGGGCAUCAAGUGGACUCCUAUAGAUUAUUUCAACAACAAGAUCGUGUGCGAUCUCAUCGAGAGCAAGAGUCCCCCGGGCGUCAUGUGCAUCCUGGAUGACGUGUGCGCCACCAUGCAUGCGGUGGGCGAGGGAGCAGACCAGACCAUGCUGCAGAAGCUCCGCGUUGCGAUCAACACACACGAGCACUUUAACAGCUGGAACCAAGGCUUCAUUAUCCAUCACUACGCUGGCAAGGUGUCCUAUGAUGCCGACGGGUUCUGUGAGAGGAACCGAGACGUCCUCUUCACUGACCUCAUCGAGCUGAUGCAGAGCAGUGAAAUUGCCUUCAUCAGAGCUCUGUUUCCAGAAAACCUCAAUGCUGAGAAGAAGGGCCGACCCACCACCGCAGGCAGCAAAAUAAAGAAACAAGCCAACGACCUGGUGAGCACGUUAAUGAAAUGUACGCCACACUACAUCCGCUGUAUCAAACCAAACGAGACCAAGAAGCCCAAAGACUGGGAGGAGGGCCGAGUGAAGCACCAGGUCGAGUAUCUGGGUCUCAAGGAGAACAUCAGGGUGAGGCGUGCCGGUUACGCCUACCGUAGAGUCUUCAGGAAGUUCCUCAACAGGUACGCCAUCCUGACCAAAGAAUCCUGGCCAACGUGGCGAGGAGACGAAAAACAAGGCGUCCAUCACCUCUUACGGUCUGUCAACAUGGACCAGGAUCAGUUCCAGCUCGGCAAAACCAAGAUCUUCAUCAAAGCCCCCGAGUCGCUCUUUCUGCUGGAAGAGACGAGGGAACGAAAGUUUGACGGUUAUGCGAGGACCAUCCAGAAGGCCUGGAGGAAAUAUGUUGCUCGUAAGAGAUACGUUCAGAUGAGGGAAGAGGCUUCUGAUCUGCUGCUGAACAGAAAAGAGCGGCGGCGGCACAGCCUGAACAGAAACUUUGUGGGGGACUACCUCGGCAUGGACGACAGGCCCGAACUUCGACAGUUUCUAGGCAAGAGAGAAAAGAUCGACUUCGCCGACAAAAUUACAAAAUAUGACCGACGGUUCAAGGGAAUUAGGAGGGACUUGAUUUUGACACCUAAAUCUGUGUAUCUGAUCGGAAGAGAGAAGGUGAAGCAAGGACCAGAGAAGGGUCAGGUGACUGAGGUGCUGAAGAGGCGGAUUGAAGUGGAGAAAGUUUUGGCCGUGUCUCUCAGCACGCUGCAAGAUGACUUCGUGAUUCUGCACGAGCAGGAGUACGACAGCCUGCUGGAGUGCGUCUUUAAAACGGAGUUCCUCAGCCUACUGGCACGAAGGUUCGAGGAGAAAACUCAGAGGAAGCUUCCACUCAAGUUUAGUAACACACUGGAGAUGAAGUUGAAGAAGGAGAACUGGGGCUUCCUGAGUGGGGGCAACUCCAGACAGUUGUUGUUUGUGCAGGGUCAGGGAGACGUUGCUGUUAUGAAGCCUUCAAGCAAAUCUCUGCAGGUCAGCAUUGGACCAGGACUUCCCAAGAACACGCGUCCAACCAAACAGAGCUUCAGUCAGAGUCGCUCCAGUGGGGCCAGAUCGCACCAGAACAAGCCGUCGCGAUCAGCACCAGGACCCCCAGUUGCUCACCAGAACGGCGGCCCGAAAAACAUGAACCACGUCGCUAAUCAGAGGAACUCGCAGCACCACGGCCAGAGACAGCCCCCCUCCAGCAAUUCAGCUCGCCCCUUCCUGCCCAGCAACAACAACCAGCUGAAGGAGCGAGGAGGAGGCAGCCGGCAGCAGCCGAACCUGGACUGUCUGAGAGUCCCUGACCAGGGAGCUGCAGGCUCUGGAGACAGACGACCAGCUCCAAACGGAGAAAAGGCUCACAGACCUUCAGUCAGCAGACCUCCACCAGGAGGAGGACGACCCAAGCCAGCGCCCAAACCCAAACCCCACGUGCCCCAGUGCAAAGCUCUGUACGCCUACGACGCUCAGGACACAGACGAGCUCAGCUUCAACGCUGAAGACGUCAUCGACAUCAUCAAAGAGGAUGCGUCCGGGUGGUGGACGGGACGACUCCGAGGGAAGCAGGGUCUUUUCCCCAACAACUACGUCACCAAGAUCUAGGAUGUUUUCAGUCUGAGUGAAGCCUCGUGUCCCCACUGACCCCUCUGAGGACCGGACGGAGCCUACGGCUGGAGACGGACUCUGUGAGACUCUUCUACUACUGCCUUAUGCCAAACAAAUGUAACUGUCGGUUACACCAGCAGACCAAACGUCCGUCAGGCUCCAAAUCAGGCGCUUUUCCACAGACGAGGAGACCGUUGGGGCCCCGGGGGUCCAUUUCUCUCCACAGUCCCUUUGAGUACUGAACAAACUAUUUAUUGUAUUUAUAGAUUUCUGUAUUCUCCUUUUUACUUUCUUUAUUAUAUCUUGCUGAGGAUGGAGGCAU